CAAUAAUAAUAGUUUUAAUGCAAAGAAUAUAAAAAAUAUAAAUAAUUGUACAUACUUACUACUUACCGGUAGAAGAUUCUGAUGUAUUUAGUAAUUUAGUUGCCUAGCCUGAAUUGUUGCUCUUGCCUUCACUUCCUCGCAUCUCGCAUCGGUAAAAAAAAACUGGUUAUGACACUUGGCAUUUAAUAUAAUAUAUUGCUCCGAUUGGUGUUUUUUUAAAAAUAGUUAUUAAAUAAAUAAAUUAGUUUUAAAUAGUUAAAAUAAAAUGGCGAGUCCAAGAACACGUCGAGCUUUGGGUGAACUGAAGCCUCACGAUGAAAAUAAUAAAUGUUUUGAGUGCGGAGCUCAUAAUCCUCAAUGGGUAUCUGUAACAUAUGGGAUAUGGAUCUGUUUGGAGUGUUCGGGCAAGCAUCGUGGCCUUGGUGUUCAUCUCUCAUUCGUAAGGUCUAUAUCAAUGGAUAAGUGGAAAGAUGUCGAGCUGGAAAAAAUGAAAGUCGGAGGUAAUAGAAAAGCUCGUGAAUUUUUUGAGUCCCAACCUGAUUGGGAUGAUUCUAUGCCAAUUAAUAAAAAGUACAAUACUAAAGCGUCUGCUCUGUAUCGUGACAAGGUAAUUAAACUUUAUUUUCAAUAAAAUAAAUAAUAGUUUAAAAAAACUAA